AUGUUCUCCAAACAAGUCAUUCUCGCCCUCUUCGCCCUCUACUUGUCCGCAAUCACCGCCGAGGCCGCUCCGUUCUUUGGCAACAACAACAAAUUCAACAACUUUAACAAGUUCAACGGCGGCUUCAAGGGCAACAACAACUUCAACAAGGGCUUCAAUGGAGGAAACUUUAACAAGGGUGGUUUUGGUGGCUUCAAGCCUGGUUUCGGUCAGGGAAACAACAACCAGAACGGCAACAACAACGGCGGCAACAACAACCAGCUCACUCAGAGCGCCUGCGCGGCCCCAACCGCCACCCGAACUGUGACUGUCACCGCUGGAGUCGUUGCUACGCCCCCUCCUCUGAACAACAACGGUGGUGGAAAUGGCGGCAACAACAACGGCGGCGGCAACAACAACAACGGAGGCAACAAUGGCGGCAAUAAUGGCGGCAACAACAACGGUGGAGGCAACAACGGUGGAAACAACGGCGGCAACAACGGCGGCAACAAUGGUGGAAACAACGGUGGAAACAACGGCGGCAACAACGGUGGAAACAACGGCGGCAACAACGGUGGAAACAACGGCGGCAACAACGGUGGAAACAACGGCGGCAACAACGGUGGCAACAACGACUUCCUCACGUCGACCACCCUUGAUCCCCGUGUGAUCGCGCCAGGUUUCGCCAACGAUGGCCAGGACGUCCCCGCCGACGGCCAAGUGCGCUCGCUGACCUCGACGAACAACUUCAUCAACUUCUGCCUCACCCGACAAGAUCUCCCCAUCACCAACGGCGAGCAAAUCCGCACUGGCUCCUGCAACCCCGUCCCCAUCGGUCUCAUCCCCAGCGUCGACAACAUGCCCUCCUCCAAGUUCGUCUUCCCCCGCAACUUUGGCACCAUCCAGGCCCGCGCACCCUUCACCAUCCAGAUGGCCAUCCGCAACAUGGAGACUGGCUUCUUCACAAACGCCGCCUCCAACUACUUUGCUGCCCCUCAGCAACUCAACGCGCAAGGCCAGAUCCAGGGUCACUCGCACGUCGUUAUUGAAAAGCUGGAUUCCAUUGAUCAGACCACCCCCACUGAUCCCCGUCGCUUUGCCUUCUUCAAGGGUUUGAAUGCUGCUGCUCAGAACGGUAUCUUGACCGCUGAUGUCGGUGGUGAGGGCUUGGAACCUGGUGUCUACCGUCUCUCGUCCAUCAACGCUGCCGCCAACCACCAGCCUGUUAUCGUCCCCGUCGCUCAACACGGUCACCUCGACGAUGCCAUCUACUUCUUCGUCACCGAGUCUGGUCAACCCGAGAACAACAACGGCAACAACAACAACAACAACGGCGGCAACAACAACGGCAAUAACAACAACAACGGUGGAAACAACAACGGCAACAACAACGGCGGCGGCUUCGGUCGUGGUGGCUUCGGUGGAGGAAACAACCUUGUCGGCGACGACUCUGGCGCUCCCGCUCCCUCCGCCUCUGCUGAACCCUCCGUCCCCGUCUCCGAAGCUCCCUCCGCAUCCGUAACCCCCGCUCCCUCAUCCGCCGCUGACGCUGCUCCCACUUCCUCUGCCGCCGCCGACUCAUCCACCAAGCGCGGCAAGAAGGACAAGAACAAGAACAAGACGAGCAGCGUUGCUCCUGAAGCGUCCAUUACUUCAGAAGCAGCUGUUGCACCCUCCUCGACAGACGCCGCCGCGCCUGCCGAGUCUUCCCCUGUGAAGCAGAGGAAGAAGAACAAGGGUGCUGAUGCUGAUGCCCAGGCAUGA